ACUUUAGUCUUUAAUAAAUGUAAGCCGUGGCGAUUUGUCACUUUUUGCAGAUGACAUGUCCAUCAACAGGUUGCCCAGAGGAAAAAAAAAUAUGCUGAUGGCUCAGGAACAUUUCUGUGACAUCAGAUGGCAACGAAGAAUUUGGAUUGCACAAAGCAGGCAAGGUUAUUUAAGAAUCUGCGCGGGGUGACGGAGACAACAGAGUUCUCAGCUGAAGGAGACUGACAAUGUUAAAGCUGAUUUAUUGUUUGUCUCUGGCAAUAUAACUGAGCUGGGGAUUAAACGAGAGAAACACACUUGCGUUUGCUUGUGGUGGUGGUUUUGUUUUUGGAGAUUACUGAAGGGCGGGGGCAAUGUCACGAGGCGUGUUUUGAAAAGAUCUUUUUGUCUCUGAUUUAUUCCCCGACAAUAUGAGUGCACGGGUCUCCCUGGCCACUUGCUUGGCCAGAAUGUACGAAGGAGGGAACGUGGAGGCUCAGAGUAAAAGCGAGUCCAUUGUACAAGCAAAGAAACCAUUUGGUCCGCAUCAAGGCACCGUGGCCAAUAACCUGAGCACCAUGGAUGGCAAACUGAAUCUACUGAACGAGAAGAUAGAUCAAAUAGUGAACUUCCAAGGGCAGGUGCUCAAGAAGCUGGAGCUCAUGUCUGAGGGAAUGUGUGACUUGGAAAAGAAUAUUGUGCUGAAAGGAGGUCGUGAAGAGGUGGGAGAGAGGAGAGGUACCACCGACCCCCUGCCACCGACCCCCUGCCCUGGACACCCGGAGAUGAAACCUCUGUUCACCGAGCUGCUCAGGCUGGUCAUGUCAGUGCACGAAGGCGCAGCCAAACAAAAGGAGAAGUUAGACGGCAUCGAGAAAACCGUGUCGGCCGUCGGUAAGGCUGUCCACUUCGUGGGCGAAACCUUCAAAAAUUCCCACGUCGUCCAGUUUAUCCUUAAAGGAACGGUGCCGUGGAGAAAGGGAAGUCUCGUAGAAUAUUCAGAGGCAAAGAAUAAAGUUGAAGAAAAAGACUCCAAAGCCAAGCGUGGAUUUAACAGCCAGGGAGUCCAAGUGCAGAUAAGCAGUGAAGUGUCUGAAGGUACGGACAUAAAAACACCUGCUCAUCGAGAAAUAAACACAGGCAGCAACGAUGGCACAGAGCUUUGUGGAAAGAACAAGAAAGGUAACGAUGAACACGUGAGUGAGGACAGUCGCCUUGUACCUGCAUCACCAGCAAGGUUGCAGUGUAAAGAGGCAGACACCUCGGAGUCAGCAGCCAAGCGCAAAGUGUCAGUAUGUUCGGCCCCUCCACCAACUCCUGCUGCGGCAACAAGGUCUGGAGCACCCAGUGACAAAGAGACGUGCUUAGCAACAAGGGGAGGAAAAGAUGUUCCCGGGGGAAAUGGGGGAUGCCCGCAGGGUCUCAAAACAACGGGAAAACACCGGGAAGAAGCGAGCAAAGAGAAUGAGGAACAUCAAGUACAGAGGAUUGAACAAAGUCAGGGGAAGGAGGCCCAUAAGAUGAAGUUUGCUGGCACAACAGAAGCUGCGGGGAUCAGUCUGGCGACCAGUCCUUCAAAGUUUGACGCAAGCUCUAUACUUCCAGAGAGGACUUCUGACUCGAUAAAGGGAAAGACAUCGAAGCUCACAGCCGGGCUCAUUAUGGACAUUAAAGCCAGCAAAGUCCUUGUGCCUGCACCUUUCAAUAGGUUGAAGGAACCCCUCAAAAAGCUGAAAGAACCCAAAGAACCCACAAAAGCAAACUUAUCGCAAAAAACAGCAAAGGGAACAAAGCCCGUCGCGGUGUCGGACGCCAGAGUCAGCAGACCACCCGAACACCAGGAAAAAGCUUCACCAGACGUCAAAAGCCAAGAGAGCGAGGAAAAUAUCCAGAGGUGUCAAAGUGAAGCGGAACCCAGCGGCGAUCCGGAGAAAGGUAUUGAAUCACAGGCUUCAAAAGCAGCCGAGACAACCAGCAAAGAAGCUGACCUGGUAAAUGAACGAGAAAAGCAGGGUUCCACAGAGACCACAGCCGAGGAGGCAGAGAAAACAAAGGGAGAUGUUGAAAUGCCAGAAGAUUACAAGAUCAUUAUUGACGACAGUCCGUCGCCUCCCGCACCCUUCAGUCAUCGCAUUGUGACCGCCAAACAAGUCCAUGUAGCAUCCUCAUACACGGUUCACCACCAUGAGGUAUUAGGCGGGGGUCGGUUUGGCCAGGUUCAUAAGUGCGCAGAAACAUCAACAGGCCUCGAACUUGCUGCCAAAACAAUAAGUGUGAAAGGAGCAAAGGACAGGGAAGAAAUAAAGAAUGAAAUAACUGUCAUGAACCAGUUGAGUCACAUCAACCUAAUCCAGCUUUACGAUGCCUUCGAAGCCAAGAACAAUGUCACUCUGAUCAUGGAAUAUGUUGGAGGUGGAGAGCUAUUUGAUCGAAUUAUUGAUGAAAACUAUAAUCUGACAGAAUUGGAUACAAUCAUCUUUGUGAAGCAGAUCUGUGAAGGUAUCCAAUAUAUACAUCAACAGUACGUGCUUCAUUUAGACCUGAAGCCAGAGAAUAUUUUGUGUGUAAACACCAUGGGAAAUCAAAUCAAGAUUAUCGACUUUGGUCUGGCCAGAAGGUAUAAACCAAGAGAAAAACUACGAGUUAAUUUUGGUACUCCAGAAUUCCUUGCUCCAGAAGUGGUGAAUUAUGAUUAUGUUUCAUUCUCCACAGACAUGUGGAGUGUGGGAGUUAUCACCUAUAUGUUGCUGAGUGGAUUAUCUCCUUUCCUGGGCGACCACGACACUGAAACCAUGAACAAUAUUAUCAAUUCAAACUGGGACUUUGAUGCUGAAGGAUUUGAUAAAGUGUCUGAAGAAGCAAAAGAAUUUGUUUCAGACCUGCUCGUGAAGGAAAAGUGCAGCAGAUCCAGUGCAUCAAAGUGCCUCAAACACAACUGGCUGAAUAACCUACCAGAAAAAGCAAACAGAUAUAGGGUCCGGCUCAGAUCCCAGGUGCUGUUGCAAAAGUAUAUAACACAGCGUUUAUGGAAGAAAAAUUAUUGCGUAGUUGCUGCAGCCAACAGGUUCAAAAAGAUCAGACAGCAGAGUUCGUGCAAGGAUGUUUAGUCAGUGCCUUGGGGUGUGACAACAGAAGAAAUGGAACCAUCUGGUGAAAGAAAAAUCCAAUAUAUUAUCAUAUCAGAAGUGGUGGAACUAUGAAUUAAUUCUAUUUUGUCUUGAUUGCAUUCAUAUGCUGUGUUUUAAACCUUUGGGACACUGCUCUUAAAAAUGUGGCCAAAUUGUAUGAUGAAAUUAAUAGUGUUACCUAUAACCAGCAGAAACGUGCAACGUUCUCCUUUCCCCCUGACAAAUCAGGUUUAGGUUUAUCAUGGUUUUGUUCUGCAUGCUAUCCAAUCAGGUCAGAUAAUGGUCUACAUAAUACUAUAAAGUUAAACUCCAGUACAAUAGGUAAAGCAAAGGGGAAGAUACAGAGUGCAGAAUGUAGUUCUCAGCAUUGUAGCGCAUCAGUUCCACAGACAAAGUCCAACAUCUGCAAUGGGGUAGAGGUGAAACAGACUAUCAUGGAAGGACUGUUCAGAAGACUGAUAUCAGAGGGGAAGAAGCUGUUCCUGAGUUGUUUAGCAGCAUGAAAAGAUAUCUGGCACAGCAUUCUCCACAUUUCUAAUGAAAAGCCAUGUCUCAAUUGAAACCAUAUCUUCAUGGAAUGCUAUGACAAAUUACAUUUGAGAAUUACAUACACUCUACUGCCCACUGACAAGUAUGCAUACAUUACUAGUUUGCAAAGUGAGAAUCUAAUAAGACUGCAUUUGAAAAAUAUUACUUCACACCACAAUGUAGCAAAUUGUUGUAGAUAAAUUACUAGAAAACUGUACUAGCUUUUGAUCGGUAUAAAGUGAACUGAGAUCCCUUGAGGGAUGAAUCGCUAGCAAUCUAAUUCUUCAGUACUCUUUGAUGUUUUUUAAAAUGCUUUAUUAUUAAAGUACUUAUGUAAUUAAAGUGUGGGGUCUCUUAACCCUGAGAAUCAAAAUGUUACUGCUGUAAAGAAUAAGCCAUAGCUCUAUACCUCAAGGUCCUUUUGUAUUAAUCAUGUUGAGUACAUAGAUUUCAAUUGAAGUUGUAAUAGAUUUUUUUUUUCAGGUAACGUUUGGUUUAUUGCUAACGUUACAACAUGUAAUAACAUUUUGGCAGGCGUAUUAAUAGUUAGUCUCUGGGGAACCUGCAAAUGAAAUUGCCAGUAGCUUUGUAUUGUGAUCAAUUUAUCAAUUUUCCCGUGAUAUUGUUUUCUGUGUUUUCAACAAUAUUGGCGGGAUGGUGAAAGAAAAUCAACACAAACUUUGUCAACCAAGUAGCCUCGUAAAAAUAACGUUGGGCAUUGCUUCCCCACCCCCACCUUCUCGAAACAGUGAAAUCAGCUCCUUAAUCCACAAGGAAAUAAUUGAGCUGCUUUUAAAAUGAAGUCUGAGCAGUCAAUAGCAUUUUUCAUUUGUUCUGCAUCAGUAAUAUCGAUAUGGAAACUAUUCACUACAGAUAAGGUAGAUAAUUGCAUUGAUGGCAGUAUUAAUCUAUUCAAAUGUAAAACCAAGUGGGCACUACACUGGAAAAAUCCAUAUAUUUUAUUAAUGCUGUAUAGCAUUAUAAAUAAAGGUAUUGCAAGUAGCACAAUAAUAAAUUGUAAUAAUGCAAUAUCCAAGAACUCUCAGUGUUCCUGACCUUUUGUUCACAGCUGAGUAAAGAAAUAGGUCAUUAAUCACUGUGGCAAUGCAAGAUUAGGGUCACAUUCCAGUCUCAGGCAAAGCAAUUGAUUCUAACGUCAUUACAUUAAUCUUCCUACCCUUUCCCCUUCCUUCUCUAAAGCUCUGAAAUUAUUUUCUGUAUUACCUAUGCAUGUAGAAAACAGACUUGGCAGACUUAGUCAUACUUGCUGUGUGUGCUUAAGGGAUAUCUGAGGCCGUGGAUGUUUUCAGUCAUACAGAGAAGUAGUGCAGAAAUAGGUCAUUCGGCCCGCUGAGCCCGUGCCGACAUCAACCACUCUUCCACUUUUAAUGCCAUUUUAUUUUCUCCACCUUCCCAUCAACUCUGCCCAGAUCUGUCCCUAUCUUUGCAUCAACGGCAUCUCUUCCUCCAGUACCUCCUCUCCGAGCGAGUGCCACCGUGACAUUCUGAGAUCUGCUCUACCUCUCGAUCACGUCUGAAACACUGAAAACGUGGAAAGUUGAGCUGCCUGCCAUGUCCCUCUUGCAACCAAGUCUCCGUCAUGAGUACGGACAUUGUGGGCUGACUAGCCUGUCCCUGUGCUGUGUUGUUCGAUCUUCCUCUGGGAAGCUUAUAAUGUGAUUAUCAAACUGGUAGAGGAAGAAUCUCCCUCAGCACCUCAAUGUCUUGAUCUCGGCUUACAAUAAAGUGCACAAAUUAAUAUCAGACAUUUAUCUAUUAAAAAAUUAAUUUUAAUGCUUUGGUACAAGUUUUUUUAAAUUUCAUUCUAGAGAUGUGGGCUUCAGAGGCUGAGCCAGCAUUUUGUUGUCCUUGAAGUAUUGCCCUGAGCUUUCGUGAACUGCUGCAGUUCUUGAGGGGUGGAUACACCUGCACCGUUGUUAGGGAGGGAAUUCAAGAUUUUUUACUCAGCAACAGUGAAGGAACAGCAAAAAAAUUCAAAUUGGGAAUGGCGCAUUGAUUGGAGUCCAACUUCUAUUUGUUGGUGUUGUCCGUGCUUCUGCUUCUCUUGUCCUUCCAGCGAGUAGAGGUGAUGGGUUUGGAAGGUGCUCAGGACUCUUGGUGGGUUGGUGCCGUGGAUGGUACAAACCGCUGCUAUUCUUUAUUGGUAGUGGAGUGAGUUAAUAGAGGUAGAUGGAGCGCCUAUCAAGCAGACAGCUAUGUCUUGUGUGAUGUUGGAUGUCUUGACUGUUGUUGAAGCUGCACUCACCCAGGCCAGUGGAGAGUACUCCAUCACACUCCUGCUGGAGCCUUGUCGAUGGUGGGAUGGGCUUUGGGGAAUUGUUCAAAGGUCUGUUUAUUGUCACGUGUACCAAUUAAGGAAAUAGUGGAGUUUCAGAAACUAACCAUGCCUUUUUACCCCAACCAGAGAUGCUGAGUUACUCUAGCACUUUGUGUUCUACACCAGAUUCCAGCAUCUGCAGUUUCUUGUGCCUCCGUUUUGCUGCUCCACUGCAAAAUCUCAAAAUACGUCUACCUUGAAGAAUUUCUCCUUCCCUCUCUGGUUUUGUCCCACCCCCCAUCUCUUUGCUCCAAGCUUUCUUCCUCCUACUACAAUCAGUCAGAAGAACGGCGCUGACUCGAAGUGUCACCUAACUAUGUUCGCCACAGAUGCCGCUGAGUUGCUUCAGCACCUUGUGCUCUUCAAAAAAAAUAACCAUCUCUGUACUGCUUGGGUAGACCUCUUUCGGGCUUCGUUAAGGGGUGCUUUUAUCUUAAAAGAAAAUGUUGUUUUUACAGAUUAAAUGUGAUUAUUACAAUUAUAAUAAGGCUCACAGGAUCAGAAAAGUACCACAAGUGUUUUGUUUUUGGAACCAGGUCUUGAUAUAGCUCUGUCCUUCAGAACUGGACUAAAAAGUAAUGGGUAGGUUUGCUGAGUUACUCCAACACUUUGUUUCUUUUACAGAUAGGACAAUCCAUGGACACUCCCAGGUCCCAACCGACAGCAGUGAGAAUUAUCACAUGUGUGUUCACUCUGUCCAAUAUUUUAAUUUAGCAACCCGAUAAGAGGUGGAGAAGCACAGAUUUGCUGCCUCAUGCCUCAUAUAACCAAGCUCAGUACUGGCCUCUGGUGGUAAUAGCACGCAGUUACUUUAGUGUGUGGUUUUGUGGAUUGGUAUGAAUCCCGGAACUUAAAAGGUUUUAGACAUUCUCCACAUGAAUGCAUAGGCUGGUAGGUAAAUUGGACCUGUAAAUUUCUCCCAGUGUGCAGAUGAGUGGAAGAGUCCAAGAAGAGUUGAAGACAAUGUCCAAAAAAUAAAAUGUAUUUUUGGAAAGUUAGUGAUAUUAAAAUCACGGAUUUUAAAGCUUAGGAAAAUAUUUCAUCCUUGCAAACGCGACACAACAGCACCUUGCAUAGCAAGCAUAGCUGUUGCUUUGCAUAACUGAACAAAAUGACGGUGCACUACGAAAAGUGACAACCGCCAACAUGCCUGCGUGCACUAUAAUUUAAACCGCUGUGAGUGCAAACAAUUAACAUUGCAGCCACCCACACACUUCACUGAGGUCAAGAUUUCAACAGGGGUAAAUAACUUGGUUUACCUUCCACAUGAUUAUGUGUCAGAAUGCAGCCAAGGUCCCACAUCAAUUUUGGAAUGAAAGGGAAAAGCUGAUAAAAGAAGGGUCUCGACCCGAAACGUCACCCAUUCCUUCUCUCCAGACAUGCUGCCUGUCCCGCUGAGUUACUCUAGCAUCUUGUGUCUGACUUUUUCUGAGAGUCAACCAUAUGCUUUAACACAAGGGUCCUGACCUGGAACGUUGCCUGCCCAUUUCCUCCACAGAUGCUGCCUGGCCUGCUGAGUUCCUCCAGCACUUUAUUUUGUUUUAACUUAAACCAUUCUAUAAAAUUAGAACUGGGGAAGUUUUAUUUGCAUGCAUAUUUAAGAAACAGAAUUAAGAACAUGUGCAUUUUUUUGCUCUACUUUUGAGAAUUAAAAUGUGAACUGCAUGAAAUUUAUGCUUUGUAACUGAAUAUGGAACAUGGUUUGUUUUCAGCAUCAUAGCCUCCAUGAUACAGUAAAAGUAUAUGUAUGACCUUCCAUGAAGGCAAACUUAAAAAUCACGACUACUUUUAUUGGUAAACACAUGCAGAUUUAUUAUUGCAAUGCUUAACUUUGAAAUGUAACCCAACGUUCACAAAUUAAACAUCUCAUUAAAUUUAA